ACUAGUGCUACUGGUCAAUGCUGCCCAGUGCCAAUGGGAUUCAGGAAUUCCUUCUACAGCGGCAACACCAGUGACAUGACUGGCUCAAGACUCUAUGGCAUCCUCUACUUCUUUAGUAACGAGAACAUGAUGGAAUCAUGUAUCUAUAGGCUUGUCAGGGUAACUGCGGCACUCAGUGCUACUACACCACAGGUACUGGGUGAUGUCUUUGGGUUCUUUAGGGGUGGUGUAGGAAAUCCAUUAAAAGGAAAAAACAAGGGGAACCAAGAGAAGGCAUGUGAGCACAUUAAGGACACGUCUCAGAAAGGAGAUGACGAUUAUCUUUGCGGCUGGUGUGCCUCUGGGUUACGUGAUGAGGUGAAGAAGAUAGGGUGGAUUCCAAAGAAAGACAAUGAUGGAGGUCAAUACAGAAGCACAGUAGGACAAGCACUCAUAGAUAUUAAGGGUAAUAAAGGCGCUGUGGGUACUACUGGAUAUUCCAAUUCUAGUCCCACCACUAAUAACCUCUCAACUCUCACUGACGGUAACCACUACGUAUCCCCCCUAACAGGUGAACUCUAUACCGCCGUGAGUGCUACAUUUGGACACGUCUACCUCCAAUGGGUACUAUACCUAUCAGAUGCACUUGAAGGUGGUCUAAAGUCACUGACCAGUGAAUUCCAACAGAUUGAAUGCCGGGGCUGUAAGGGACAGUGCGACCCCAAUAAGUGCAAGAAGGGAAGUCAUGGUAACAAUGGUGAUGCGCAAUGUCAGUGCCAAUCAAUCGUAUCAUGUACCGGGGUACUGCCGGUGUUGUAUAGACAUGGCUUCAGUUAUGGUAACCCAUUCAAUCUGGAGGGGUACCAGCAGAAGGAAAAGGACAAGGGAGAUUAUAGCAUAAAGAAGAAAAAAGGCGGAGAGAAACAAUGCCAUGGAGUUAUACAGUUGGUUCACCGCAUCAACAAAAUGAUGUACUACAGUAUAAAGCAUACUAGACGCACAUAUAUCUAUAUUAUUUAUACACGGUUAAUGUUUAGGCUGUACUCUUUAUUGCUGCAUUGGUCCUUAAGAACCACAGUGCGGGAUUCUCGUUUUAUCGUUAGUUGAUAGAUUAUUUCAAUCUUUCAUUGUAGUGUUAUACUUAGAUGACUUUUCGCGAUAAUAGUAAUGGUUAUAAGA